AUGGGUUAUCUCUCCUGCAAGGCCGGAUCCGCCGUCGCAAUCGUCGUCUCAUCGUCCGCAUCCACAUCCGGAUCCACCGUUAGCAAAGCUUCUCCUCCGGAAUCUCCUCCCGAAGACCGCCCCAAGCUGCGUCGUUUCCUGCAUCGCGACCUUGAAGCUGCCACAGGCGGAUUCGCCAUCAACAAUCUUCUAGGACGUGGAAGCCACGGAAGCGUCUACAAGGCCGUCAUCGGUUCCCGUCUCGUCGCCGUCAAGAGGCCUUCGAAAUCCAGAGAAAUCAGCCGGGAGUUCCACAACGAAUUCGAGAUUCUCUCGAGGAUCCGGAGCCCUAGUUUCGUGAAUCUCCUAGGAUUCAGCGCUGAUAAUGCCAGGAAUCCUCUCAUCGUGGUGGAAUUCAUGUGGAACGGAAGUCUCUACGACGUGAUCCACUCGGAGUCGGCUUUUAAUUUCGGAGCGAUAUCGAGCUGGGGGAAGAGAGUCAAAAUAGCUCUUCAGAUAGCAAAGGCCGUACAAUUGCUACACUCGCAGGAGCCACCGAUCAUACACAGAGAUAUCAAAUCGGCGAACGUAUUGUUGGAUAAGAACCUAAACGCGAAGCUAGGCGAUUUCGGUCUGGCGAUCAGAUGCAAUGCGGAUGAUCAGAAAGUGAAAUCGACUCCGCCGGCAGGAACAAUGGGGUACCUAGACCCAGAUUAUGUGACGGCGGACAGAUUGAGCACGAAAACGGAUGUGUUCAGCUUCGGGAUCUUGUUGCUGGAGAUAAUCAGCGGAAGGAAAGCCAUCGACGUAAGGUACUCGCCGUCGUUUAUAGUGGAUUGGGCGAUCCCGAUGAUUAAAAGAGGGAAGAUCGGCGGGAUUUAUGACCCGAGAAUCGGGCCGCCGGUGGACGUGAGCGUGAGGAACCACCUGGGAUUGGUGGCGGCUAAGUGCGUGAGAACGUGUAGAGAGAGACGGCCGGGAAUGGAGGAAGUGGUUGGGUGGCUCACGGGGCUGACCAAGUCGGUUAGGUCACGACGGUGGGAUGAGUUAGGCAUUGGAAACCCGUGUAUGAUGGUUGAAACCGUGGGUCGGCCCGUGGAAUGA